AUGGCGUUGGAUCAGAAAGAUGCCUUUCGUGAUUUACAAUUCAAUGGUCAGCCUUCUGGUUACAGGGAUUUUAGAAGAAAAACAUUGUUAGCUGUUGCUGGAUUAGAGGACAAGCAUGCUCAUCUGGCGGGUCCAAGACUGUUGGCCCGUUUAUCUGGAGAAGCUUGGCGUGCUACCGAGCACCUACCCAUCAAUCAGAUCAGAAGCCCUGACGGCUGGCUUGCAGUGAUCAAAGCCUUGGACGAUCACUACAGGUACUUGCCAGAGACUGAAUUGCACGAGGCCAUCGAAGAGUUCCUCUUUCAACUGAAGCGCCGCAAUGGCGAAGGCGCUACAUCUUUCUCAUCCCGUUUCCGAACACAGCUGGAUAGGGUUCAGACCUUGAUUGCACAGGAGAGGGAAUUAGCUAGAAAGAAACGUAGGAAGAAGGAUUCUGGAAAAGACGCCGCUUCCAGCAGUCUGGAAGAAACUGACAUGAGUGAUGGUGCAGGCUCCUAUGGCACUGCACGUGGCCCGGCUCCAUCAGCCGAUGCUGAGCCCCAGGUCCAACCAAGGACACCUCCUGAGACUGGCGAUGAACAAGAGCCAACUGCAGGUGGUGCCGCUGCAGCUGCUGAACCUCAAGAAGAAGGUCGAGCUAGAUCAGAGAAGGCCAGAUCUGAACGAUCGGCAUCCAAAGCCCCAUCAUCUCAUCGAGAAUCUCAUGGCCAAAAGAAGCGACAUGGUUCAACACUUUCUCAUGGAACUUUUCAUGAAGAUCAUGCGAAAAGUUUGAGGAAAAUGCAACAUAUGCUGGGCACACUGGAACCCGGUAAGUUGAAACCUACUCCAAUUUUUCCACAAAGUGUUUUGGGCCAUCUCUACAUGCGAAAGUUUGGAAUGUCACGUGAACAAAGAGCACAAAUCAUCAGGGCGACAAAUGGAUCCUCAAGAUUCACUGAUGUGGAGCGUAUCAUGCGCGCUUCGGACUUGGAGGAAACAAGAGGUGAAGAUCGUCGUCAGAUGAAAACCGGAAAACGCGAUGCCUAUGUGGUGACGCAGAAACAUGGCAAACAACAGAUCUACAUGGCUGAGGAUGAGGAUUCUUCCGAGUUGGUAGACUAUGAGGACGAAUCUAGUGAAACUGCUGAGGAUGAAAUCAUGGUUGCUGAGGGCAGCGAUGACUCUGAUGCUGAAGAAGCCCAAGAGAUCUUAGAGAUUCACAAGAAGACCAAGGAGAAAUUCCGAAAAGCUUUCAGAUCUUACAAAGAGUCUCGGAAGAAGGUGAAAGAAAUCAGAAAAGGUCGUCAGCCGUAUUAUCCUGUAGUUGCACUGAAUCAGCCUCCUUCAGAAGCUCCUGCAUCAUCGACACAGGUGCCUUUGCAGAAACAACAGUUCAAGUAUGAUCGGAAAACUGCUGGAAAUGCAAAGGGUGCUCCAAAGAAACGUCCUGACCAGAAGGGAUCCCGAAAAGAAGAAGCAAAUUUGACUGAAACAUCGUUUAUUACAUCAUUCAACUACAUGGUGGAGACCAACAACACAGCAUUUUCAGAGGAAAUCUUGUUGACAAGCAUCCCCAUGGGUUUUGCAAUUUUGGAUGCUGGAUGUACAACAUCGGUCAUUGGUCAGGAAUGUGCAGAACGUUUGAUUGAGUUUUUGAAGAAUCAUCAACUUCCACUUCCAGAAGAAAAGGUUUUACCUCCUGUUGAACUGAAAGGAUUUUCUGGUGAGGCCACUACAACGACUCGUGGUUUAAUCUGGUACGUCAAGCUGGGUAACACAUGGGGAACCAUUUCAACCUAUGUUAUUCCUGGGAAGACUGCAUUCCUGUUAUCACGAAGAGUUUUGGAGGGAAUGGAUGCUCAGAUUCAUGUUGGUCGCAAGACGCUGUCAUCAGAAAAGCAUGGUAUUUCUGAGAUGUCCCUGCGACAAGCCUCCAACGGUCACCUUCUGAUGCCUUUAUGGGAGUUGCCUGAUGAUUGGAAUGUUGGUGAAGUACAUCUAGAAGAAGUAGCGCACGAUGAAUCUAGCCAUGAAUCUCAACCCGAAGAACAUGAGCCCAAUCACCUGCCAACUGCAGCAAGCCCGCAUGAGUCUGCAGUCCAACGAGCAGAGGACAGCCGUGCUGCCAGCCCCAUGGGUGGCAGUCCAAAAGCCAAAAAUACCCCUGGUAAGAAAGGAGUCCAGCAAGUCAAUUUAGCCCUGUUUGCAUACCGUGAGUCGCAGCCAGACAGUGCCGCCUACAAGUUGAAGCAGCCUGUCUCCAUGAUCGAGGUUUUCACAGAUGUUGCACCACUUGCCAGCCAAAUGGAAGUUCAGUCGCAGCAGAAUGUGAUUAGGAUUGUCUCCAAAGCCUUGGUCCAAGAGUCCCUGCAGUCCGACCAACCCAGUGGUCAUUGGUCUGAAGAACUGUUUGCCGCUGAGCCAUCCGAGCAAGUUGACGCACCUGAUUCGGAGGGCGGUCAAAUAGUUGAGAUAACUGAAGAUAAGGCCAAAGCCAUCAUAGCCAAACUGCAUGUGAACACAGGACAUGCCUCUCCGGAACAGAUGUUGCGCCUUGCAAACCGAUGCCAGUCUUCCGAGACCAUCAAACGGGUCAUUCGUAACUUCAAGUGCUCAGUCUGCGAAGAACUCAAGGUUCCAACAGUUCGCCGAAAAGCCACAAUGCCUCACACUGACAAGCCUAACCAGGUCGUUGGUAUCGACUAUGUUCAGGUUGAACUUACAAAAGAUGAUGGUGAAGGCAAUGAGAUUGAGCACAAGUUCAAUGUCCUGACCUGCGUUUGCUUGGCCACAGAUUUUGCACAGCAAAUAAUAGUGCCGCCUGGACCAAAUGCCUUGUCCAAAGCUUUUCACCAAGCCUGGACGCGUGCCUAUGGAGAGGAAGCCUCAAAAGCUUUCAUAGAAGAGCAUGCCAAAGAUGUCUGGCGCCGUGCCAUCAUGGGUAGGAAUAGACCAGUCCCUGAAGACGAAGACACAUUCAGAGAGCUUGCACGAAGCCUUGCCGAAGGUAAGCUACAUCCCGAUGUCAUCGAAGCUGAACAGUCUGCGAUCAAACCUGCUGGUUCCUUUAAGGAUCUCAUGGAUGAAGUGCCAGACGAUGCUGACUUCGAACUCACCUCUGACCUGGAAGAUGAACCUGAUGAUAAGUUGGGUAAGGGGGUAAAGCGUAGCAUAGAGGGCGAGGGUGAGCUUAGAAGGGUGUCACAACGUUUCUACAGGAGCCCUGAAUAUUGGCGUAACCGGUCAAUGGGUAUGCCACCACUCGGUGCCAAGCAAGAAGGAGUUUUGCCUGAACUUGUGUCGUUGGAAAACAUGGGGGAUAUGCCAGUCUCUAAAAGAGUAAGAAUAGAUGAGGAACAACCUGAAGAGUUAGAAUAUGAACCAUCUAUUGCUCCCACUGAAGAGCUGCAAAACCCAAGUGACGCAGUGAUGGAUGAAACGGAUCCACCAAUGGAACCAGACCUCACGCAAGCUGCAAGCUCCGAAGCCAUGCCGAAUGCUGCACCAGCCGAUGCAGUUCCGUCCACCAUGGACAAUGAUGGUGAUGUUGUCAUGCCCCAUGAAGUCCCAGUGCCUGAUGAUGAAGAAGGACUUCUGACCGAAACCAACACUGCCGAAGUCUUAGAGGUAUCCAUGGAUGUCCAUCCCGAGGAAUGGAUGUCGUUGACCGACGACGAUCUAUACCGCCUUGAAAAGGCAGCUUAUGGACUUGCCGAGGUCUCCAUGGCCAGUGGAUUGUUGCUUCGUGCCGUGAAGCAUGGGCAAGAGCAGCAGUUGAUGAACGUGGUUCAAAACGCUCCAAGUGUCAAGCAUCUAUGGGUGAAAGGCGCCUCUGUCCUUUCAGAUAUUCGUGGACUCCUUCAAGGAGAUGUUCCUUGUCCCUCCGGUAUGUCGGAUGCCUCCAAACGCCGAUUGGAUGUUGAUGAUGACAUUCAGUCUUGGGAAAAGAUGUCCGGAUAUUCUGAGGUCCCUGAUGAUGCGACCUACUUGGCAGCUUUGCCAGCCAGUGCUGGGAUUCCACCGCCAUACCCUGAUGGCACCAGUCCUCUUCUGCAAGUGAUGAAGGAAGCCGGCGAUGACUCAUCUAUCCCGUUUCCAGAUAAGGUGAAGUCAAUUCAUGCAUGGGGGAAUUGUGUUUGUAAAACAGAUAAGUUUGCAAAAGAGAAGAUCAGCUAUUUCGAGUUGAUCCACCGUGCCAAGACCGACACGGAUGUAUGCCAGUACUUGAAUUUUAUCAAAGGCCGCUUGGGCUACUCACCCGGAGUGACGCCAAAUGAUGAGAAGAUCACCCCCGGCAAGGAUCUUGCCAGGUUUUUGCAGAAGUAUAAGUGGAAUCCAACUGGUGGUCCAAAGGAGUCUUUCAGCCGAGACUUCAAAUGA